AUGUGCGUAAGGUCACCACUUGAUGCAUGUGUUUUUGAGCACAGCGGGAGAAUGUCUCUCCCUAUCAGUUAUUGGCGUCUUCUGAUGGCGAAAGAUGAUUUAACUGCUCACGACAGGCUAUCAAAUUUAUUUAUAACUCAAAACAAAUCAACUAAUUACAUCCCGCUUUUGGAACACAACAUCGAACAUCGAGAUUAUCAUAAUACAUACCGUGACAGCAACCCAACAAUCUAUAUGAAACUCUGGGGAGACAAAGCAGUACAAGAAGUUUACGAAGAAAAACGAUUAGAAUGUCAUCUUCACGAAAGUACACGGUUUUUCUUGGACAGCGUUGACAGAAUAUCAAAUGUGAAUUACAAGCCGACUGAUCAGGAUAUACUGCUUACUCGAAUAAAAACGACUGGCAUAGUGGAAGUGGCAUUUGUGAUAAAGAAAGUUCAAUUC